AUGACAUGUCAGUCGGGGAACAUAUGGGGACAUGGCGCCGGAGCCCUGACUGCCGCUGGCUCGAACAAGCUAUGGAAUGAACUCUCGGAGACGGAAUUGGAAGCUGCUUCGAAGCUUGGAUAUGAUGAGCUGACUUGGGACCUGGACGGCAAGGUGCCCGUGGAUCGACUUCUAUGGAAAGACUUGACAAGGAGUCAACAAGAGGCGGCCAAGGUCUUGAACUUCAACCAAAAAUUCUGGGAUGAGGAUGUCUUUGUGGAUAUCUACGAGCGAAGUUGGAACGAGUUGACAGAGGAGCAGAAGAAGGCGGCAAAGGUCUUGGGGUACAAGAAAUCUUCUUGGAACAAGAACCUGGAUGUCUGGAGCGAUACUGUGAGUUGGAAGCAGCUAAACGCGAAGCAGAAAGAAGCUGCAGGUAUCAUCGGAUACACGGAGAAGGAAUGGAAUGAGUCGAGGCAUGUCUACGACAAGGAAUGGAAUCAGCUGAGCCCUCAGCAGAAGGAAGCUGCCAAGACUCUUGGGUACACCGUGAAGAGGUGGAAUGAAAAUCAGCAUGUAUGGAGCGACGAUGUGUUGUGGAAGCAGCUCAACGACAAGCAGAAGAAAGCCGCACACGCGCUGGACACAGAUCCAGAUCCCGAACUGACACCUCAAUGUGGAGGUGGAAAGAAGUACUGCUGGGUGCGAGGAGCUGUUGGCGGUAACUGGGUUCGCAAGAUUGUCGGAGAGCAAUAUGAUUUCUUCAGGGGGUCAAAAUACUGCAAUUAUCCGAAUUGA